AUGCCCAGUACCUACACAUGCUCAGUACCUGCACAUGCCCAGUACCAGCAAAUGCCCAGUACCAGCACAUACUCAGUGCCCGCACAUACUCAGUACCGGCACAUGCCCAGUACCUGCACAUGCUCAGUACCUGCACAUGCCCAGUACCAGCAAAUGCCCAGUACCAGCACAUACUCAGUGCCCGCACAUACUCAGUACCGGCACAUGCCCAGUACCUGCACAUGCUCAGUACCUGCACAUGCCCAGUACCAGCACAUGCCCAGUACCAGCACAUGCCCAGUACCGGCACAUGCCCAGUACCUGCACAUGCUCAGCACCUGCACAUGCUCAAUACCUGCACAUGCCCAGUACCAGCACAUACUCAGUGCCCGCACAUGCCCAGUACCUACACAUGCUCAGCACCUGCACAUGCUCAAUACCUGCACAUGCCCAGUACCUGCACAUGCCCAGUACCAGCACAUGCCCAGUACCUACACAUGCCCAGUACCUGCACAUGCUCAGUACCAUCACAUGCCCAGUACCUGCACAUGCUCAGCACCUGCACAUGCUCAGUACCAUCACAUGCCCAGUACCUGCACAUGCUCAGCACCUGCACAUGCCCAGUACCAGCACAUGCCCAGUACCAUCACAUGCCCAGUACCUGCACAUACUCAGUGCCCGCACAUACUCAGUACCAUCACAUGCCCAGUACCUGCACAUGCUCAGUACCUGCACAUGCCCAGUACCAGCACAUGCCCAGUACCUACACAUGCUCAGUGCCUGCAGCCAUUGGGUAGAUGCCCUCAAGAUGGCAUCAUGUCACCUGGUCCACCCAGGAACCCAGUGAAAACAAACACUGUCAUUGUUCAGAAUGAUUCCUCUACUGACUACGAGCCGAAGAAGCCAAGCUCCCGGCCUAUGGCUGCCCAACAAGACUCAGUACUUUUGGGCUUUCCGACACUGGACUGGACCCUUCUGAGGCGGCUCUUCGACAGGGCAACAACAAUGGAACAGGAAAUCUCCAAAGUGCAGCGUAAAAUGUCUGAUCUGGAAUCAGUCCUGCAGCAGAAAGAUGUUGAACUAAAGGCUUCAGAGACGCAGAGAACCAUCUUAGAACAAGACCUGGCAACUUACAUCACAGAGUGCAGUAGUCUGAAGCGCAGUCUGGAGCAGGCUCGCAUGGAGGUGUCUCAGGAGGAUGACAAGGCCCUCCAGUUGCUCCAUGACAUUCGGGAGCAGAGCAACAAGCUGCAGGAGAUCAAAGAGCAGGAGUACCAUGCCCAGCUAGAGGAGAUGCGGGUGUCCAUUCGCCAGUUGGAGGAGAACCUUUCGGCUGCCCGUCGCCGUAGUGACCUAUACGAAUCGGAAUUGAAAGAAUCACGCCAGACCAGUGAGGAACUAAAGAGAAAGGCUGCAGAAUACCAGCAGAAGAUCCAAAAGGCCAAAGAGCAAGGCAAAGCUGAGGUGGAGGAGAUCCUGACCAAACUUCAGAAGACUAAUGUAGAACAACAAUCAAAAAUUCAAGAGCUUCAGGACAAACUUGAAAAGGCUGUGAAGGCGAGCACGGAAGCCACGGAGAUGCUGCAAAGCGUCCGUCAGGAUAAAGAGCGCGUGGAGCGUGACCUGGAACGCCUGCAGACCAGAGAGGAUUCGAGCGACAGCCUGCGCAGACGUCUCAGGGAGACCGAGGAUGGCAGGAAGACGCUGGAGAACCAGGUGAAGAGGUUGGAACUGGUGGAGCGUAGGGAGAGUAAACUGAAAGAGGACAUACAGACUAAAUCGCAGCAGAUUCAGCAGAUGUCUGAUAAAAUCAUGGAACUGGAGGAGAGCUUGCGGGAAACUCAAGCCACAGCGCAACGUAUGGAGACCCACCUGGAGCAGAAAGAGAAGCUCUAUGAAGACAAAAUCAAGGUUCUGGAAAACCAGAUGAAAGCAGACAUGGCUGAUAAAGAGAUGCUGGAGUCUAAGCAGAACACGUAUGAGGAGGAGGCCAGGGAGAAGGCCAAGCUUAUCAGCGAGCAGAAAGCGACCAUCAAUGCCAUGGACUCUAAGAUGAACAGCUUGGAGCAAAGGAUUGCUGAACUCACUGAGGCUAAUAAGCUAGCAGCUAAUAGCAGCAUCUAUACCCAGAAGAACAUGAAAGCUCAGGAGGAGAUGAUCUCAGAGCUUCGACAGCAGAAGUUCUACCUGGAGUCCCAGGCUGGGAAACUGGAAGCCCAGAACGCCAAACUGGAAGAGCACUUGGAGAAGAUGAGUCAGCAGGAGCAGACCAACAAGAGCAGAGUGAUGGAGCUAGAAGCCAGACUUCGAGAGAUUGGUCUGGAACACGAGGAGCAGAAGCUGGAGAUCAAGCGUCAGGUGACAGAGUUGACGUUGUCACUGCAGGAGAGAGAGUCUCAGAUCAGUAGCCUGCAGGCAGCUCGUCACGCCCUGGAGAGCCAGCUCCAGCAGGCAAAGACUGAGCUGGAGGAGACCACAGCAGAGGCCGAGGAGGAGAUCACUGUACUCAGGGCCCAUCGCGAUGAGAUCCAGCGGAAGUACGAUGCCCUGAGGGACAGCUGCGCGGUGAUUACGGACCUGGAGGAACAACUAACCCAGCUGACCCAGGAGAACGCCGAGCUGAACCGACAGAACUUUUUCCUGUCCAAACAGCUGGACGAGGCCACUGAUGCAAAUGAAGAGCGCCUGCAGCUCAGCCAGGACGUAGACCGUCUCCGCAGGGAGGUCGCCGACAGAGAGAUGCACCUCAAUAACCAAAAACAGAACAUUGAGACUCUGAAGACAACAUGUACAAUGCUGGAAGAGCAGGUGGUGGAGCUGGAAACGCUGAAUGAUGAACUGAUGGAGAAAGAGAGGCAAUGGGAGGCCUGGAGAACAGCCCUGGAGGAGGAGAAGACUCAGGCUGAGCGCAGAGUCAGAGACCUUCAACGGCAACUGGACACAGAGAAACAGAACAGGUUGCGUGCUGACCAGCGCAGUACAGAAUCUCGUCAGGCCGUCGACUUGGCCGUGAAAGAGCACAAAGCUGAGAUCCUGGCUCUGCAGCAGGCUCUGAAGGACCAGAAACUGAAGGCCGAGGGCCUCUCUGACACGCUGAGUGAUCUGGAGAAGAAACAUGCCAUGUUGGAGAUGAAUGCCCGCAGCCUGCAGCAGAAGCUUGAGACAGAGAGAGAAAUGAAACAGAGACUGAUGGAUGAGCAAGCCAAGCUGCAGCAGCAGAUGGACAUGCAGAAGAAUCACAUCUUCCGGCUGACUCAGGGCCUGCAGGACGCGCUGGACCAGACGGACCUGCUGAAGACGGAGAGAACCGACCUGGAGUACCAGCUAGAGAACAUCCAGGCAGUCUACUCUCACGAGAAGGUGAAGAUGGAGGGGACCAUAACUCAGCAGACCAAGCUCAUAGACUUCCUGCAGGCCAAGGUAGACCAUCCCUCUAAGAAGAAAAAGGGCAUUUUCGGAGGCAGACGUCGGGAGGACCUGUUGGCGGCGCUCGCGGCCCAAGGGCAGACCCAGGUACCCGCGGUGCCCGCCGUCACGCCUGUGCCGUUGCAGUACAGCGAUUUGAAAGCGGCUUUGGAGAAGGAGCGCGCUCGAUGUUCAGAGCUGGAGGACGCUCUGCAGAAAACUCGCCUGGAACUUCGGGAGGCCAUGCAGUUAAACAAAGCUCUUGAGCACACUGGCACCCCUGCGACCCCAGGCCUGGCUCGUCAGCAGCUCAUGAUGUCCACCAAAUCCAACAAGUCACCAGAGCACCAGCCCAACCCCGCCGUCCUGGCUCCAUCCAGCUCGGGCCGCAGGAAGGAGGUCUCCAACCCAGAUGAGAAAAGGAGAGUGACUUUUGAAAAGUACGGGCGACGCGCGAAGGAACGGAUUCACCACAGUACUCACGGUACCCACAACACACCUCACCGCUUCACUCAGGGGCUGAACAUGAGAGCUGCCAGAUGCACCGUGUGUCUAGACACCGUCCACUUCGGCCGGCAGGCUGCUACCUGCAUUGAAUGUCACGCUUUGUGUCACCCAAAAUGCUCCCCCUACCUCCCAUCCGCCUGUGGCGUACCUACCGACUACGCCCUGCACCUCUCCGAGGCCCUGCUGCGUGAGAAGGGCAACUCUUCUGGACUGCCGCUCAAGGAGACAGGAGCUCACAUGCGUCUGGAGGGCUGGAUGAAGCAGCCCAGGAACGGGAAACGCGGUCAGGGCUGGGAGAGGAAGUAUGUGGUGCUGGAGGGAACCAAAGUGAUCGUUUACGAAACGGAGCCCAGAGAAGACUCAGUGAAGCCCCUGGAUGAGUUUGAUCUGUGUGUAACGGAUGGAGACGUGAUCGUACACGGGUCUGUAGGCGCCUCAGAGCUGCCCAACACAGCCAAGUCAGAUAUCGCGUUUGUGCUGAAGCUGGAGUCUCACCCCCACACGGCCUGCUGGCCGGGACAGACGCUUUACCUCAUGUCCUCCAGUUUCCAAGAGAAGCAGCGUUGGGUGGCCGUGCUGGAGGCCACCGUAGCUAGCGCGCGAGGCUCACGUGAAAAAGCUGAGGCUGAUGCAGGUCAUAUUUGCAGGCUAAGGCAAAGAACAAUGAUAAUUUCUCCCCUGGUACAGAAACUGCUGGGGAAUUCUCUGCUUAAACUGGAGGGAGACGACAGGUUGGACAUAAACUGCACCCUUCCCCUGACCGACCAGGUGGUUCUGGUGGGUUCUGAGGAGGGCCUGUAUGCUCUGAAUGUCAUUAAGAACUCUCUGACCCACAUCCCAGGCCUGGGCUCCGUCUUUCAGAUCUACAUCAUUAAAGAGCAUGAGAAACUGCUGAUGAUUGUGGGGGAUGAGAGGGCGCUGUGUCUCGUGGAGAUAAAGAAGGUGAAGCAGUCUUUGGCUCAGUCACAUCUACCCACCCUGCCAGAGAUUGUCCCGUAUAUCUUUGAGACGGUUAAGGGCUGUCACCUGUUCGCUGCAGGCAGGAUUGAAAACGGCCCCUGUAUCUGCGCCGCUAUGCCCAACAAGGUUACCGUCCUACGCUACAACGACAAUCUGAACAAAUUCUGCAUUCGCAAGGAGAUAGAGACCCUGGAGCCUUGCAGCUGUAUUCACUUCACCAGCUACAGCAUCAUCAUUGGCACCAACAAGUUCUAUGAGAUUGAGAUGAAGCAGUACGUGCUGGAGGAGUUCCUGGAUAAGAACGAUGUGUCCCUGGCUUCGGCUGUAUUUGCCGCCUCCUCCCACUGCUACCCCAUUGCUAUUGUGCAGGUCUCCAGUACCCCACAGAAGGAAGAGUACCUGCUCUGCUUCCAUGAGUUUGGAGUGUUUGUUGACGCGUAUGGCCGAAGAACCCGCCCGGAUGACAUCAAAUGGAGCCGUCUUCCCUUGUCAUUUGCCUUCAGGGAGCCCUACCUGUUUGUGAUUUAUUUCAACUCAUUGGACAUCAUUGAGCUCCAGGGACACGCUGCUCUCGGAGCCUCCGCACAAGUCCACCUGGAAAUUCCGAAUCCACGGUACCUGGGUCCAGCUAUCUCGUCCGGUGCUAUCUACCUGGCCUCCUCCUAUCAGAACAAACUAAGGGUGAUCUGCUGUAAGGGAAGCCUGGUUCGGGAGUCCGGAGAGCUCCAGAGGACCGGCUCCAGCCGCAGUCCAAAUAAGCGUGGCCCCCCCACAUACACUGAGCACAUCUCUAAACGUCUGGCCUCAAGCCCAGCCGCUCAGGAGGGGGGCGGUCUUCACCGGGAGCCCAGCACCCCUCACCGUUACCGCGAGGGCCGUACCGAGUUCCGCAGGGACAAGUCUCCCGCUCGGCCCCUGGACCGGGAGAAAUCCCCCGGCAGGGUGCUGGACAGCCGCAGAGAGAGGUCCCCUGGUCGGGGGUUCGAGGAACGAGAACGCGACCGCACAAGGCUCCACACUAGCUCAGUCCGCACCCAGCUCACGCCCGUCAACAAGGUGUGGGACCAGUCUUCGGUCUGA